AGGAGCAGCAGAGAGGAAGGAGGGAGUCCACGACGGAGGGAACUCGCGAGGAGGAGGCUCUCUCGUCCGAAGCUAACGGAGGACGGCGCUUCUGCGUGCGAUCUCCGCGUAACGCGCUUCUCUGCCGCGAAAGCGCGAGAGAGGGAGAGUGAGGGACACGGACAAAGAGAAAGACAGAGAGGGGAGGGAGAGAGAGAGAGAAGGAGACAACGAACGGCUUUAUCAUGUACGUGGAAGUGGCGUCGCGACGGAUCGCGGCUCGCGCUGGUAGUAGCAUCGUUGUCUUCCUCGGCGGCGAAUAAUGCAGCAACGGCGGGAGGGGCGAACGUAGGGAGGAAGGAAGGACGCGACGAACGGGUUAUAGCGUGUAUAACUCGGUCUCUCGUGCUGGACGGGAGCGGAGCGAGCGAACGUGCGACGGAGAGAGAGAGAGAGAGGAAGAGAGACAGUGAGGAGGAGCGAGGGAGAGAGCGAGCGAGGAGGGUCUCUUAGCGCGCGGGUUAGAAACCCCGCUCGGCGAGAGAGAGAGAGAGAGAGAUGGGCAUGUCUGUGGACUCGGCGCGUCGAUUCGCGAGCGAGGAACGUGGAGCCCGCGCUACGAUGAAGACGAAGAAGACUGUGACAAGAUGCUGGGCCCGAGUGUCGUGGAAGUGGGAUCGCGAAGCGUGCCAGUUGUUGUUCUAGUGGAUAUCCCCCCGCUGCGCUACUUCGGUGUCCGCGACAUAAAUAAAGGAACUCGCUCGGUUGACAGUUUGAAAGAUAAUACGAUAUCGAAUCGUGUAACGCGAUAUACGAGACUCGCGUCGGUCGGUCGUUCGCGAGAGAACAUACGGUUUAGCAGUCGAGCGGUGCCAGCGGUGGUCCGUACGCUUUUUGAUACUCUUCCCCCGGCUCACUCGUCCGCGCGCGCGGCGGACACUCGCGGAGGGCACGCACGCGGGAAUAAUGGAGACACUAUUGCCCGGCAACACCACUACCACCAGUCAGUCGUACAGUCCGCAGUUGAAGACGGUGUUGAAGACCUAUCAGCUGUCGGCGGUGAAGAGCCUGCAGGGUCCCAACUCGGCCCUCCUGGGCAUGGACUGUAAGGGCCUGCUGCAAGAACAGUCGGCGACAUCGUGCUUCUCACCGGCCGCCAGCCGUCCGGCGGCGAACUGCGGCUUGGACUCGCCGCCGUCGGAGCCGAGCGCGAAGGACGUCGCGAUCGAGAAGGACCGCGAGACCUCGCCGACGACGGCCGUGAAGGCGCGCCAGCCGUUGACCGACUCGGACGAGGACUUCCCGGCGAACCCGGUGGACCGUCCGAAGGGCGAGAAGCGCGAGCACGAGUUCCAACGGCCGAUACUCACCGCCCCCGACCAGAGCUGCUCCGAGAGGAGCGAGACCCUGCUGGAGGGCGAGAGGAUCUCCUGCUUCGAGGUGGGCGGCGAGAGGAGGUUAUGUUUGCCGCAGAUACUCAACACGGUGCUGCAGGACUUCUCGCUGCAGCAGAUCAACCAGGUGUGCGACGAGCUGCAGAUCUACUGCUCGCGAUGCACCAGGGACCAGCUGGAGGAGCUGAAGCAGUCCGGCAUCCUGCCGCGCAACGCACCAUCCUGCGGCCUCAUCACCCAGACCGACGCGGAGAGGCUCGUUAGUGCUUUGCUCUCACGGACAGAACCCUGCGAUCCGUCGCAGAUCGCCCAGACCCAGGAGGGCCUCGACAAGAAGGCGUGCGGCAAGAGUGAGGACGACGAGGAACCUAUCGUUAAAUUCAAAGUGUACCACGAGUGCUUCGGCAAGUGUAAGGGCAUCUUCGACGCGGACCUGUUCGAGACGGACGACUCGGUGUGCAUCGAGUGUCUGGAGUGCGGUUACUCGUUCUCGCCCCAGCGCUUCGUCAGGCACGCUCACCGUUCCCUGGAGAACCGCACCUGCCACUGGGGCUUCGACUCGGCCAACUGGCGCUCGUACUUGUUACUGUCGCGCGAUCAACAGCACUACUACAAGUCGCUCAUCCUUUUUCGCGAACUCAAGGAGGGCACUCUCGCGUUAAACCCCAAGCGAAAACUGAAGCUGCGACACGAGCACGAGAAAUUGGCGAAACGCACGAAGAAGGACGAGUGUUCCGGGAUCUACAAUGGCAACGGACUGGGGAUGUAUCAUCCGGUCUCCCAAAUGGCCAGCGCGGCCGACCCGUACCUGCAGAUGCAUUGGGCGGUCUUCGAGCUCGCCACUCGGGGCGCGUCCGCCUUUCGCCCUUGGAGUGCUACCGGCAAUUGCAAGCACAGGGACAACUCAUCGUUGGUGCCUGCAUACCUCAGCCGAGGGCCGCCGGUGCUGCAGCAUCCCGAGCGAGUCAUCCCGUUGUCGGAGUGCGAACGCUUCGAGCCGCACUUCCAGCCUAACGUGGCGCUGGCGCCCAUACCGGCGCCCACGAUGGCCCAGAUAUCGCCGUCGGCCGCCGUUCACCAGCAGCAGCGACGGCACCAUCACGAGCACCAGCGCCGUCACGGUCACCGCUCCUCGAGUCCGGACGAGAAGCAGGAGCUACUGUCCGCCAAUGUCAAGUUGGAGAAGACGUCGCCGGAUCAAGCGACCGCCACUGCCGCCGUCGUCGGCGGUUCCUACCCCCUGUACUACAUGUCGGAGGACGAUCAGAAGGACCCACCGACCGCGGCGAAGGACAAGAAGGAAGAAAAGGAGGGCGAGGAGGAGGAGAGCAGCGCGGCGGUGACGUCGUCCACGGUGAACGUCGAGCCUCCGCCGGGCGCGGGCGAGGUCGGCACCUCGUCUCCCGAGAGCGACUCCGACUCGGACGUCAACAACGCGGCGGCGGACCUCGAGGAACGGCUGAUGGCGUUGGACGUGCCGCAGGACGUGCUGGAGCUGGCGCGUCGCGUCGUCCUGGAGAACGCCCAGCUGCGCCGCCAUCGACGCUCGGACGCGCGCGAAAUAUCGAGGCUGCGCGGCCAGUUGCAGCAGAAGCAGCAGCUGCUCCAGAACGCCGACGAGCCGAAGGAAGACGCGACGACGGCGCGCGCCGGCGCCGCGGCCGACAGCACCGAGGGCAGUGAGGAGGCCGACGCGAGUUUACCAUCAAACAUUAAGGAGUCCGAGCCCGCCGUUCUGACGGCUAACAACGAGUCGGAACAGUGAUUAGGAUACGCGCAAGUUAUUUAACGCUCAGCAAUCGCCGCCCUUAGCAGCGACUACCGCGAGUACUACGCUCAUCUCUGUCGGCCGAAUAAACGUGCACUGAAUUUAGUACGUUAGGUAUGUUACGGGACGCGGCACUUAAAACGACCGCGAUUAUUCGACCGUUUCACGACGACUCCAGAAAUUUGCGCGUCGUGUGAAAAGUUGCGAAGGUGUGUGCAACUUGCUCGGUGCUCGUCUCGUGAAUUCACGCGUUGUUCGUUGAAUCGUUUUCUUUCUCAAUCUGCUUGUUUAAUCCUCCGUUAAUCGCAAUAUUCUUCACCCAUAAGUGCUUCACCCUAUGUAUCUCACAGGCCGGUAUUCUCAUAGUCGGAUCUUAUGUUUAAGACUUAUGUUUAAGACGUAUUGAGUUCACCUUCAGAUGCUGCACGGCUCGUUUUCACUGGCUACGAAGCAUCUGAAGAUGAACUUGAGACACGGCCUUAAAUACAAGAUCUGACUAGGAAUACCGGCCAGUAAUCUUCCCGUUAUCUUCCUCUGCUUCUUGAAGCAAUCUUUCUUUCAUUAGCACUUGGCUAAUAAACCAGACACUAAAAUACAGGAAAAAUAACGAAGAACAAAUUGACGAACAUUAGGAUGGUAUAUGUCAGAUGUUUACGAGUAACGGAAGGUUAAACGAUGCCCUGAGAUCGUGCGAGUUUUUAUUCGGAUAAUAGGAAAAUUAUGCACUGCGCAUAUGAGGGAAUAAUAAAAAAUUCCGUAGUAGAACGGCGCGUUAUACAUGAUUUGUUCUAAACUUCACGGUUAACCAGAUAUUAAUGAAAGAGUCGCGUCGGCUGGAGAUACGAUAUCACUCGAGUGACGUGCGCGGGAUAAGGGUCUUUAUCUGGUCGCCAACACAAUUACACUUUGAUUAUUACGAUCGUCUGAUUUCUGUGGAUUAAUAUUGAAAACAUAGAUCACGUUAUACGUGACUAUCGUUCGGGCUAUAGAUAGAAUUCAGUGAUGCUAAAAAGAUGGUGAUUAUCGUUUAUGGCGCCUGCGGUAAAAACAGAGCACGUAACUGUGAACUGUUUGUCACGUUUGGGGAGAGGGGUACAAGCAUGUAUCAGAAAUGCAUGAUAAUGCGCCAAAAAUCUUCAAACUAAAUUUCAACUAAAUUUCGCUGUAAUAAAAUUCGCGAAUACAAAAACGAGAUGAUAAGGAGACGACGAUCGAGCGCUGCACUUCCGGUAACUGCUCGCGGAAACCGUAUUGGUUCUCGCACGAUUCCUCGUGCGACGCGCAGUUUACAAACGCCUCGAGGUGGUCGUCUUGAGUGCCUCACCCCGUGUAACGACAUUACGAUUCUAAACGAAACGAAAAACUUGUUUAGGUUUAUGUGAUACGCGACGAGCCUUUAAACGUUAUCGCAAUUAAUUCGGAAUUUUUAUGAUAAGUCCACGUGCUGUCCAACUCAAAAAAAAAAAGAAAGAAAACAUCGAGCUAAGUAGGGUCUUCGCGUGCGCGCGCCUCGUGCUCCCAUCGCGAAAUUCAAGCCGACCGUUGUCGGCCGUUGUCAGCGUAGAUAACUCGCCUUCCACGCUCCAAGACGACGGUCUCUUCUGUCAACUACGCGUGGUAUGUCCACUUCCUGUUUGCAUUUCGUCGUAGCGGAUAACGAGAAAGAGAUCCGCCCCGGGUCGCUCGGCAAAUGAAUUUCGGGUUGUCGAUUUGGGUAGGUUGGACGGUCGCGGGAACGAACCGUGUGUUGUCCUGUCGAAGUCUCCCAGUCUCGUCGGUGACAUUAGCGGAUUAGAAGAAGGGUGAUACUCCCGAUGGGAGACGUGGUAAACCGAUGUGCCACGAGUUGGAUAGUCACGUCAGGUAUGCUUGUAUCAGUCGAUUUUGUCGAUGAAAAUCGGCCGAUAUAGAUAUUGUACAUAUAUAUCUGAGUGUGUGAGAGAGAGUGAGUGAGAGUGAUACAUAGAGAUUGUAUUAUAUUGAAACAGGGGAAUAGAUUUUAAGGGAUAUACCGCGCCAAUAACGAUUACAUUUAAUGGGUAUUAUAAACGGAUAUAUAUACAUUUCACGUAUAUUAAAUAUACGCGAGAUGUAAGCAAGAUUUUUACGAUCAUAAUUUUGAUCCCCGUUGCGCUGAAGAAAGAAAAUCAGCAAAUGAAUAGGGAAGAGAGAGAGAGAGAGAGAGUGUGUGUGUGGCUGCGAAUGAGUAAAUGUAGUGUGUGUAUGUAAUGUGUGUGAGAGCGAGUGAAUGAAUGAAUGAGAUUGCUUUCCAUUCAUGUCUUGUAGUCAUGAUCGCAUAAUGUAAAUAUACUGUGGCAUCAUAGGUAUGUAUGUUUAUAAUUAAUUACCACUAUCAUGACGAAAUAAUGCUGAAGUACAAAAAUCUAGAUGCUAUAUUGUUAUAUUCUCUAGGUACGCUGUAAAAGCGUAUACCUAGGUGUGUUCCAGCAGCUCGUACUACAAUUGUAACGCCCAGAACGUUAUACGCGUUCCGAAUCGCGCCGUUACGUUACGUAUCUUGUACAAUGCGUAUAUUAACGGGAUCUGCUUUUUUUAUUCGACGAAAAAAAGCUCGGUCUAAGCCUAACGACGUCAAUGAAGUGGGAAAGAAAUCGCGUACACGCCAAAAUUACUUGGUGAUUAUAUAUAUAUAUAUAUACCCAUAUAUAUAUAUAUACGUAUACAGUAGGACCAUAAUUCGAAUAAUCGUUGAUAGGAACAUGAGUUCAACUGUUCUCGCCUUUCGAAUUAUCAACGCGAUGUCGUGACCGCGUCAAAUUGUUUAAUUUAUUGAUGACAUAAGAGAAUGACGAUCCGAACAGAUCGUCGACAUUCGUAUAUAGUCAUGUUGUUUUUUUUCCCCUUUUUCCCCGAAAAAUUAAAUUUUUUCCAAAAAAAUAUAUGUGCUCUUUGCAGCAUAGCGGAUAAAAGCGAAAUGGCACGUACGUGUGGACACGUACUGUAUAUAAUUCUUGUUGAGACUACGAUGUUUUUUUUUUGUUAUUAAUAUAUGUAAUGCUUUUAACUAAAGAUUCGCAACUGGGCAACUCUUACAUCUUUAAUAUAUGCAUAUAGAUAUAUAUUUAUAUUUAUUUUGUAUAGUAUUGUUGGUACAUAUCAUUUUAGUUGUAUUUAAUAUAUGAAUGGUCCUACUGUGAGAAAAAGAAAGAGAGAGAGAGAGAGAGAGAGAGAGAGAGAGAGAGAGAGAGAAAGGAAGAAAUAUAUAUAUGCAGAGAAUUAUAUGUCUGUGCUGAUAGCGCUUUCAUAUUUGUCAACGUCGAAGAAUCAUCUAAAGAAAGAGUGCGUAAAAUUGAAGAGAAAGAGAGAGAGAGAGAGAAAAAAAAAGGAAGACCCUAUCAGCACUGUCCAUAAUCUCUGAAUAUGUCUCGAAUUUUAGCAGAGACCGAGUGUUAAAUUAUAUGUUGAAUAUAAUUAUUUUUUUUAUUGCGGAUUUUUAUUUUUAUGCGAAUUUGAGUCGAUUGUUGGGACUGACGAUACGGAAAAGCUUCAAGAUCAUUUUUCCUGCAUGAGAAUACUCCAUAAUGAAUUGUCUGUGUAUCAAAUUAUAUAUUAUACUACACACGCCACAAUAAAGGGAAAUAGAUUUUUUUUAAUAUAUUCAUACGAAGUAUAGAUAAAUAAAUAAAUAAAU